CUCUCUCCGUGCUUUGGGGCGGGCGGGCGAACGACUUCUUCUCGCGGCUGCCCCCAUUCGCCUUCAGAAGCGGAGACGGGAAAAGCCAAGCCAUCUGUUCUCAGCAGGCCCUGCGCUGUUUACCCUGGCACCCCCAUCUCCCGGCUGCGGCGUGCCGCUUGGUACCGCCCGCCUGGCGGGAGGAGGGAGCGCGGCGGUGUCUCCUGCGGCGGGGCUGCUGCUGCAGGCGGAGCGGGACCUCGGGCGGCUGGCAGCGCCUCGGCGGCGGGGGCCGGCGGUGCAGAGCCCUCCCCUCGGCCCGAUUCACCCGGCGGCAACGGGCGUCACGUCGGUGAGAAAACAUGAGCCGAGAUUUCAAACCCGGAGACUUGAUCUUUGCCAAGAUGAAAGGUUAUCCCCAUUGGCCGGCCAGGGUGGAUGAAGUUCCUGAUGGAGCAGUAAAACCUCCUACAAAUAAAAUGCCCAUUUUCUUUUUUGGCACCCAUGAGACGGCAUUUUUGGGACCAAAGGACAUAUUCCCUUACUCUGAAAAUAAAGAUAAAUAUGGCAAACCAAAUAAAAGAAAGGGUUUUAAUGAAGGGUUGUGGGAAAUUGACAACAAUCCCAAAGUGAAGUUCUCUCAUCAACAGUCCCAUCCAGCUGUUAAUACUGCUAUCAAAGAAACAGUUCAAGAAAGCAGUCAGGAGCCUCCUGAGGGGAGUGAAGAAAAGGCAGGAGCCAAAAGAAGAAAGUCUUCUAUCCCAAAAUUAUCACCUAAAGGGGAUAACUUACCUUCAGAAGCUGAAACAGAAGAAAAGGAGAUGGAUGCUUCAAAGGAAGAUGAUCUACCAUCUGAAAAAAACAAUAAAGAAGAUGUAGCAAAAACGAAUGAUGCUUCUAUUCCUAAAGUUGCUAGAAGAGGAAGAAAAAGAAAGGCUGAAAAACAAGCUGAAGCUGAGGAUGCAGCAGCAGUGACAACAGCAGCAGUGGCAGCAGCAAUGGCAGUAGCAGUGGCAGCAGCAGCUCCUGCGCCGGUGUCUCCAAAAGUAAGCCCCAAAAGAGGAAGACCAGCAGCUUCUGAAGUAAAAGUUCCAAAACCAAGAGGGAGACCCAAGUUGGUGAAACCACCUUGUCUUUCAGAGAGUGACUCUGUUAAUGAGGAAGAGAAGGCAAAGAAAAAGGGACCAGAAGAAAAGCCCAAAAAGCAAGGGAAAAAAGAUGAGGAAGGUCUGAAGGAAGAGGAGAAAUCGAAGAAGGAAUUUGACAAAAAGGAAGGAAAGAAAGAGGCUGAACCAAAAAGGAAAAAUACUGUGAAAGUGGGUUCUGCAUCAGCUUCUGAUUCUGAAGAUGAUGGAGAAGAACAAGAAGGCGAUAAGAAGAAAAAGGGAGGCAGAAGCUUUCAAGCAGCUCAUAGAAGAAACAUUGUAAGAGGCCAACAUGAGAGAGAAGUAGCAGAAAAAAAGCGUAAGCAAGAGGAACAGACAGAAUCUGAAUUGCAGAGUAAAGAAGAAGGCAAGAAAACAGAGGUUAAGAAGAUGGAGAAAAAGAGAGAAACAUCAAUGGAUUCUAGGCUUCAAAGGAUACAUGCAGAAAUUAAGAACUCCCUGAAAAUUGAUAAUCUUGAUGUGAACAGGUGUAUUGAAGCUCUUGAUGAGCUUGCAUCCCUUCAAGUCACAAUGCAGCAAGCUCAGAAACAUACAGAGAUGAUUCUGACUCUAAAGAAGAUACGGAAAUUCAAAGUUAGCCAAGUGAUCAUGGAGAAAUCUACGAUGCUAUACAACAAAUUCAAGACCAUGUUUCUGGUUGGGGAAGGAGAUUCUGUUCUUUCCCAAGUACUAAAUAAAUCACUUGCUGAGCAGAAGCAGCACGAGGAAGCCAACAAAACCAAAGAACAGUGGAAGAAAGGAGCAAACAAAAAACUGGAAAAGGAAAAGGACCAAACAGGUUCAAAGGUUCUGAAUGGGGGAUCUGAAGCUCAAGAGACCAACCAGUCACAACAAAACGGAGAGAACGCUGAGGAAAAGAAAGAUAAGCAUGAAGCCGGCAGUAAGAAAAAGACAUCUGGUGAAGAGAGAGAACUUGAAAAGCCAGUGAAAGAUUCUGCCUUUGAAAGCAAAUGACACCACUGGAGUCUUUUUUCUAAAUACAAAUUGAAGAAGAUUGUUAAGUUUUGCAUUUGAAAUCUAUAGACUGCAGAAAGUUUAAAAUAAUUUUAUAAGCAUAGUAUUUUGAAGUUAAAUUUUGUGGAAUAAAAGCCCUUUGAAUUUUGGUUUAAAGUAUUUAAACACUUUUGCCAAUAGUUUUGUCCAGUAUUAACAGGUAACACAUUUCAAAAUAUGAAAUUUCCAGGUAGAAGACAAAAGCUUACAUGUUACAGGAUUUAGAGUUGUAGUAUAUUUUUAUCUGACUACUGUAUGUUUGUCUAGCUCAUAGCAGGGAAAAGUGUAAAUACUUUUAACUGCCUAAUUGCUUCAUUUGUAUAAAACCUACUCUCUUCCUAUGACACUGACCUCUGUUUGUGCAUAGUCUUUCAACUCUUGUGGGGAUGUCUUUUCACUGUGUUUUGUAGGAGUUGAAAGCAGCAUUUUUAUAGCCGUUAAUGUUAAUGUAUGAGUAUACUUACUUUUUUAAAAACAAGUUUAGUUCUCUUCUUGCAAAACUUAUUGUGCCAAUUUACUGCAAUGUGACUUUAUGCUUUUGGUAUAAUAAGUAUACUAGAAAGAAAUCUGGUGUUUUCGCUGAACCUGUUGGUGCACUCUGGAAAACACUGUCUUGAACAAUUUCUGAAAUUAAAGAAUUUAAACUGAUAAA